AUGGGAAUUAAAGAUCUCUCAAAGGUUAUAGGAGAUAAUGCUCCUGCUGCAAUUAAGCUGAAUGAAAUGAAAAGCUAUUUUGGACGAAAAGUUGCUAUUGAUGCUUCUAUGUGCUUAUAUCAGUUUUUGAUUGCUGUAAGACAAGAUGGAUCUCAGCUUCAAUCAGAAAGUGGAGAAACAACAAGUCAUAUAAUGGGAAUGUUCUACCGAACUAUUCGAAUGAUUGAUCAUGGUGUGAAACCUUGUUAUGUAUUCGACGGAAAACCUCCAGAUAUGAAAAGUGGUGAACUGGAAAAACGUAGUGAAAAACGCGCUGAAGCUGAAAAAGCCUUGACGGAAGCAAAAGAGAAAGGAGACACAGAAGCCGUUGAUAAGUUUGAAAGGCGCUUGGUUAAGGUGACUAAAGAACAGAAUGAAGAAGUCAAAACUUUGUUGAAACUAAUGGGUAUUCCUGUUGUUGAAGCUCCCUGCGAAGCUGAGGCUCAGUGUGCUUCUCUAGUUAAAAAUGGAAAGGUGUUCGCCACUGCUACGGAAGAUAUGGAUGCUCUUACUUUCGGAUCCAAUGUAUUAUUACGGCAUAUGACUUUUUCUGAAGCCAAAAAAAUGCCAAUUAAAGAAAUUAACCUCAGUCGUGUAUAUAGUGAUUUUGGAAUGGAUCACGAGCAGUUUGUGGAUUUGUGCAUUAUGCUGGGUUGUGAUUAUUGUGGAACGAUUCGAGGAGUGGGCCCCAAAAGAGCUUUUGAAUUAAUCAAAAACUAUAAAACUAUCGAAGCUGUGUUGGAAAACAUUGAUUUGGCGAAGUACCCUCCACCGGAAGAUUGGCCGUAUAAAAGGGCUCGUGAGUUAUUCCUUGAUCCAGAAGUUGCUGCCAAUGAGAAUAUAGAGUUAGUGUGGAAGGAACCAGACGUCGAAGGGGUAGUCAAAUUCAUGUGUGGUGAGAGAAACUUCAAUGAGGAAAGAAUCAGAUCUGCUUUAGCCAAAAUGCAGAAAGGAAGAAGUGCUGGAACUCAGGGAAGAAUCGAUUCAUUCUUCAAAGUUUCUCAGACGGUUACUAGCACUCCAACAUCAGCUAAACGUAAAGCGCAAGAUCCUAAAAAAGGAGAAAAAAAGCGCGGACCUCCAAUCAAAAAAUCGAGAUAA